CAAAACCCUGUCGGAGUGCAAGAUGCCCGUCCAGGACAGGACGAACGAGUUCCGGGCAUGUGUCGAGUCUAUCCGGAAUAGGAGCGCUAUCGUGCCGCGGGCAGAGCAGAAACAGCGAUUACUUGCGAAUGGGAGAGGGAAGGAGAAGAGCGAGUUUGCGAGGAUGGCGGCGGGCAUCGGGAAUGAUAUUAGCAGUACGACGUUGAAGUUGAACAAACUUGCCCAGCUCGCUAAGCGGAAAACCCUGUUUGACGACCGACCAGUCGAGAUUAGCGAACUAACAUAUAUCAUCAAACAAGACAUAGCGCACUUGAACAAGCAGAUCGCGCAACUACAAGCAUACGUCAAGGCUCAACGGACCGCAUCAGGGAAGAACGUAGGGAAGCAAAUCGAGGAGCACAACUCCAAUGUGGUCGUCUUAUUGCAGACAAAACUGGCGAAUACGAGCCAGACGUUUGCGGAGGUGCUGGAGACGAGGACACAAAAUAUGAAGGCGAGCAAGGACCGGACAGAGCAGUUCAUGUACUCCGCGUCGUCCGCUGCGAACCAACCUCCACCCCAAAAUUCUCUACUGUUUAAUCAGCAGCAAGAUGGGAUGCCAUCUAAAGGCAAAGCACGAGAAACGAACGGCGAUGUCUUGGCUUUGGACAUGGCCGCAGCAGAAGAAGGGCAUGGGAGCGAUUUCAUGCAGAUGCAGUUACUGGAGCAGCAGGACAACUACAUCCAAUCGCGAUCAACGGCUAUCGAGUCCAUUGAGAGCACCAUGGCCGAGCUUGGGCAGAUCUUCGUCCAGCUCAGUCGGAUGGUCGCAGAGCAGGGCGAGACUGUACAGCGGAUCGACGCGGAUACGACGGACAUCGCUACGAACGUCUCUGCAGCACAGCGGGAGCUGCUCAAGUACUAUACGAGUAUCUCGAGCAAUCGGUGGCUGAUGCUGAAGAUCUUCGGAGUGCUGAUCGUUUUUUCCUGAUAUUUAUCCUUGUUUCUUAGUGGACAUUGACAUUGUACUCCUAUCUUAUCAUACAGUUAUACCCAUAUACAUCUGAUAACUG